AUGAGAUUGAACGAGAAAGUGGUUGUCUAUGGGACGCGCGUCAUUCUCGUCCCUUACGAAAAAGAUCACGUCGAGAAAUAUCACAAUUGGAUGAAAGAUCAAGAUAUUCUCGAAGCUACUGCUUCGGAGCCGCUUUCCUUAGAAAAAGAAUACGAGAUGCAGGAAAGCUGGCGAAGAGACGAAGACAAGUUGACCUUCAUCGUUCUUUCAGCGGAGAAGAUUGAAUCCGGCUCAAGCGAGAAGGAGGCCAUGAUCGGCGACGUGAAUUUGUUUCUCAACGACCCCGAAGAUGACCAAGCGGGCGAAAUCGAAGUGAUGAUUGCAGAGAAGGAAGCGCGACAGAAAGGAUGCGCCACCGAGGCCGUCAAGCUCAUGAUGGGCUACUGUUACGAUAAGAUUCACGUGUCAAGGUUCAUCGCGAAAAUUGGAAAACAUAAUUUGAAGUCAUAUUCUUUGUUUAAAAAUAAGUUAAAAUUCCGGUUCGAAUCGGAGUCGGAGAUUUUCGAAGAAUUCACAAUGGAGUUAUUCAUGGAUGAGAAAGGGCGCAAGGUCGUCAACGUUCCAUUUCAAGAACUCGUCAGAAAUACGAAAUGGAACGAGAUUGAUCAAAAACCGUAUCUUCCACCAGCCGCGAACCAGCUCUUGGAAGAACAGUCGUCUGAAAGAAAGGAUGAGGACAACAAAGAUUCUAGUUUGGAGCCUGAUCCGGAGAAAAUGUUUCUAUGCGUCAAAUACGGCGACGAUGAAGAAGAAGCCGAGGAGACGACUGGAGACGGAUACGCGGACGACUCUGCUCCAGCUCCAAAGCCGAAAAAGCCCAAACUCCAGUACGGCGGAAUUCGUGUCAUCGAAAAAGAAGAAAAAACACAAAAGAACGAAAUCUUCGACGAUGAAUUUGACCAAGUUUGGUAA